ACAUCUAGCAAUAGGAAGGGGCAGUCAGGAUAAGGUUUAUCUUUGGAAUUGAGCUCUGUUUUCUUUGGGGUCUCUCUGUCUAGGUCCAACUCCCCAACACCGCUGAUGACACUGCAAAUGGAAAAAUAGGUCAGCACCAACUUGCCAGGAGUUAGCUGCUUAAAAAUCUAACCUACCCCUUUGAAAGGGUCUGAAAGUCUCAUACUGACAUUAUCUGACCACGCCUGACCACCAGAAUCCUGUCAGGUGAAUUCAUCUUGACAAGAAUAUAAAUUUCCAUGAAGAAAAAUGUUUGAUGUGGAUUAAAACCUUUCCCCCCCACCAAAUCUUUACUGGGCUAGUGCAAGAAGACCAGAGACUGAAUCAGACUUCAAACAGAAAUGGAAGCUGACCAGACUAGUUCUACGGUCUGUGCAACAACAAUGAAUGGGGGGACAGAGGACAAGGAUGUGGCUUCAAGGAGGCCGAUUUACUGAAUCACAAUGGAUAUAACUGUGGACAAGUGCUUGGCACAGUAAGUGCUCAAGAAGUACCAUUGAUUAGUCGGGCACUUCAACGCUAACAGGAUGAGAGAGUGGUGGAUCCAGGUGGGCCUGGUGACUGUCCCCCUCCUCGCCGUCUACCUGCACGUCCCUCCCCCGAAGCUCUCCCCGGCCCUCCAGGCAUGGAAGUCUUCAGGGACUUUCUUCAUGUAUGAAGGGCUGAGCAUCUUCUACCAAGACUCCCAGGGAGCAUUGGGCAGCUCCGAGAUUGUGGUGCUCUUACACGGCUUCCCCACCUCCAGCUAUGACUGGUGCAAGAUCUGGGAGGGCCUGACCCAGAGAUUCCAGCGUGUGAUCGCCCCGGAUUUCUUAGGCUUCGGCUUCAGCGACAAACCCCGCUCCCACCGUUACUCCAUCUUUGAGCAAGCCAGCAUCGUGGAGGGGCUGCUGGAGCACCUGGGGGUCCGAGGCCACCGGAUCCACCUGCUGGCCCACGACUACGGGGACACCGUGGCUCAGGAGCUGCUGUACAGGUACAAGCACAAUCAGACAGGGCGGGUCCUCAUCAGCAGCCUCUGCUUGUCCAAUGGAGGUAUCUUCCCCGAGACCACCCACCCCCGCUUCCUGCAGAAGUUGCUCAAAGAUGGAGGCCUGCUUUCUCCAGUCCUCAACCGCCUGAUGAACUUUUUCCUCUUCUCCCGAGGCAUCAGCGAGGUCUUUGGGCCAUACACCCAGCCCUCGGAGGCCGAGUUAUGGGACAUGUGGACUGGCAUCCGUGCCGAAGACGGGAACCUGGUGAUGGACGGUCUCUUACAGUACAUCAACCAGAGGAAGCAGCACAGAGACCGCUGGGUGGGGGCUCUCACCUCCACGGCCAUCCCCCUUCAUAUCAUCUAUGGACCCCUGGAUCCCGUGAAUCCCCAUCCAGAAUUCAUGAAUCUCUACAGGAAAGUGCUGCCACAGUCAACCGUGUCCAUCCUGGAUGACCACAUCAGCCACUACCCGCAGCUAGAGGAUCCCACGGGCUUCCUGAAUGCAUACUUGAGUUUCAUCAACGCUUUCUGAGGGGUAGGGUGACAGCUGCGUUCCCUCUCCACCACGGUCUUGGUUUCUUACUAUCCCCUUUUAGGUGGGGUAAUAGUUAAUCCAGGAGGAGCUCUGAAAAAGUAUCGAAUCUACUAUUUCGACCCAUAGCCUAGUUUUUUCCUAGUGUGUGCCAGCUGAUCGAAGUGAAAUAAUUGCUUACUUGAAAAAUUGAUCUUAGCCAGUCCUAGUGACAGCCUGCAGCUAGAACGAGGUCAUCUCAGAUGCCUUCCCACGAGUCUACCCAAGCUGCUGAAUUAUUCUGGAAGGUAGUAGAAGGGACUCUUUGUAACCUACAAUCUCGCAAUAAGGAAGGGGGGGUUGAUUGUAAUGAAAUUCACCUGUUUUCAGACAAGUAGCAUUACAUUAAUCUUCCUUUUUUUUUUCUCAAUUUGACCGAAUUCCAUGCUGUUUUGUCAUUUUUAUCGAAAACGAAUGAGCAGACCCUGGUUUAAUGCUGCACUCCUGUCAGUGUAUCUUAUGUGGCUGGGCUAUUGUUUGCAGACGGGGUGAAAUGCUGUUUUAGGUUCCGGUUGUUGGGGUGGAGAGGACCUGUAUGAGGCUCAGACAGGGCUGGAGUGCUCUGCACCUUAAUCUCCCCACCCUCCCACCGGUGCUCUUACUGGCCACAGGCUAAGUGAGGGGGAGGGAUAAAAGACAAGCCUGGACUCAGAAUGGCCCUUAAACAGUUGACUUUUUUUCCAAGUGCUAGUGUUCACUUGAACCCAAGGGUCUUUACCUUGGCUUCAGCCCUCACCUGCGACACAUUUGCUACAGAUGGAGAAAAUAAUGCAGGCACAAAUGCUGCAGGGUUUGUACCUGAGGGCUACCUCUGAAUUGAUGCUUCCAGCUGCUGCAGUAUUUGCAUCCUGUGGGUGAAAGGAAUAGGUUUUUUCCCCCCCAGGGCGGUUUACCCCUCCCAUGCUGCCUUGUCUCAAGAGCACGGCUGUGGGGGCUCCAAUUCUUUUUGGGUGCAGCAGGCUAAACUUUGUUGGGGCACAGUUGCAUUGCCUGAGAGAAAGAGGAACUAAGCGGUUCUUAAAAAGUCUAUUUUUAUUUAGCAACUUCCUGUAUAACAAACUUCAAAACUUGAAAUGGGAGUAACUCUGUCUUAUUUUCUAUUAAUAAAAAUUAUUUUGGACAAAUAGAGCCUGGCUUCCCC